GGGCCUGGAGAGGAAGUGACGGCGUUGCUGGAAAGAUGGCAGCUGCUGUGACUCUCCGGUCCUCCGCCCCUGCUCCGGCCGCGGCGACGGCCACAGCAGCCGCGCUGGGGGAGGUAGAAGAUGAGGGACUUUUGGCGUCGCUGUUCCGCGACCGCUUCCCUGAGGCCCAGUGGCGUGAGCGACCUGACGUGGGCCGCUACCUCCGGGAGUUGAGCGGCUCGGGGCUGGACCGGCUGCGGCGCGAGCCCGAGCGCUUGGCGGAGGAGCGGGCCCAGCUGCUGCAGCAGACGCGCGACCUAGCCUUCGCCAAUUACAAGACGUUCAUUCGCGGUGCUGAGUGCACCGAGCGCAUCCACCGUCUCUUUGGCGACGUGGAGACGUCCCUCGGUCACCUACUCGACCGUUUGCCCAGCUUUCAGCAGAGCUGCAGGAACUUUGUGAAAGAAGCUGAGGAGAUCAGCUCUAACCGCCGGAUGAAUACCCUGACUCUAAACCGGCACACAGAAAUCCUGGAGAUUUUAGAGAUUCCCCAGCUUAUGGACACCUGUGUCCGAAACAGCUAUUAUGAAGAGGCCCUGGAGCUUGCAGCCUAUGUGCGACGACUGGAAAGGAAAUACUCCUCCAUCCCUGUCAUCCAGGGCAUUGUAAAUGAAGUACGUCAGUCCAUGCAGCUGAUGCUCAGCCAGCUGAUCCAGCAACUGAGAACCAACAUCCAGCUCCCAGCCUGCCUGCGUGUCAUUGGCUAUCUAAGGCGCAUGGAUGUCUUCACUGAGGCUGAGCUGAGGGUGAAGUUUCUUCAGGCCCGGGAUGCUUGGCUUCGCUCCAUCCUGACUGCCAUCCCUAAUGAUGAUCCUUAUUACCAUAUCACAAAAACCAUUGAGGCCUGCCGGGUCCACCUCUUUGAUAUCAUCACCCAGUACCGUGCCAUCUUCUCAGAUGAAGACCCCUUGCUCCCACCUGCCAUGGGAGAGUACACUGUGAAUGAGGGUGCCAUCUUCCAUGGCUGGGUGCUACAGAAAAUCUCACAAUUCCUGCAGGUGUUAGAGGCUGACCUUUCCCGGGGUAUAGGUGGCCGCUUGGACUCUCUGCUGGGCCAGUGCAUGUACUUUGGGCUGUCCUUUAGCCGGGUAGGGGCUGAUUUCCGGGGCCAGUUGGCUCCUGUUUUCCAGAGGGUGGCAAUCAACACUUUCCAGAAGGCUGUUGAGGAAGCAGUGGAGAAAUUCCAGGAUGAAAUGACUUCCUACACCCUCAUCUCGGCUGCAGCCAUCCUGGGCAGCAGUAACAUGCCUACUGCAGUGCCAGCCGCACAACCAGGGACAUUGCAGCCACCGAUGGUACUCUUAGACUUCCCACCUCUUGCCUGCUUUCUCAACAACAUUUUGGUUGCUUUCAAUGAUCUGCGUCUCUGCUGUCCUGUGGCCCUAGCACAGGAUGUGACUCAGGCCUUGGAGGAUGCUCUUGCUAAGGUAACCAAAACAAUCCUGGCAUUCCAUCGUGCUGAAGAGGCUGCAUUCAGCAGUGGGGAGCAAGAAAUCUUUGUCCAGUUCUGCACUGCCUUCCUGGAAGACCUUGCUCCCUAUUUGAACCGCUGUCUUCAAGUCCUUUUCCCACCAGCUCAGAUAGCCCAGACUCUAGGCAUUUCACCCACCCAGCUCUCCAAGCACAGAAACCUUGGGCAUGUGAACAUCAGCGCCAUUCAGGAACCUCUCGCCUUUAUCCUGCCUAAGAGAGAGACAGUCUUCUCUCUAAAUGACCAGGAGAUAGUACCCGACCUCGUGGCCCCAGCUGUUUCUAUGGAGCAACCUAGCCUGGAGCCAGUUACUUCAGCGUCCCCUGAGGGCGGGUCAGAGAGGGAAGAAGCAGGGGAACCGCUGCCUGUGGAGCCAGUGGAGGGAGAGCCGCUGGAUGGAGAGCCGCUGGAUGGAGAGCCGCUGCAGCCCCCGAGUGAGGAGCCCUAGGCGUUCCCUGCACCCAGGCUGGCAAGCAGCACUAAAGGCACAGUGCUGUCGGCGGCAUCUGGAGAGGGAAGGUCGCUGCGUGUGUGGAAGCUGAGACAGCUUUGCCUAGGAUUUCGCGGGGCACUUUGGUACGUGGGAGCUUUAAUAAAGCCAACCGACUAUCGCCA